AUGGAUUACGUCAAUCAACAAAUGAAAAUGGAACACCAGCAAACUCAGGCCCAUCAGGGCCAACAUGCGAGCGGUCAACAACAAUCUCAACACCAAUCAACCAUUCCAACCAGUAAGUCUCUGGUUCCUGGUAACCCGCUGAUGUGCUGCGUUUGCGAUCAGUACUUCCAGGAACCAUGUUUGCUGCAAUGUUACCAUACAUUUUGCAAAAGAUGCCUGGCGAACAGAAUAUUUGAUGGAAGAAUUCAAUGCCCUAUGUGUGGGCAAACAACACCCAUAAAAGACGGGGCGGCGGGUUUGCAAAUAGACACUUUGAUGAAAGAGCUGAUAGAGUUAGCAAAUACUGAAAAUCCACCUUGCGCAAAUUGCGACCGAAGAGACAGAAACAAUAUGUACUAUUGUGUCACCUGUGGGCAGGCGCUUUGCGGCCAAUGCAGAGAAAACACGCACCGAGCAAAAAUGUUUGCAGCACACGAAGUGAUACAUACCUCCAAAUGUGCUACAGAACCUAAAAGGUGUCCGACUCAUGGAGAGCAUUACAUAAUGUUUUGCGCCCCCCAACGAACAAUGCUUUGUGUGAAUUGUUUCCGAGAUGCUCCACCUGACAAACGAACUCAUUGUGUAGAUAUUGACACGGCUUAUAAUCAAUCAAGAAAACGAUUGGAAGAAGCACAAUCGGGAAUAAUUGAAUUACAAUCUUGUGUCCGUGAAAGCAUCAUGCUGUUUAAAAAUUUACUAGACGAAGUGACCUCAAACAUGGAAGAAGAAAAGCAAAUAAUAAAUACAUUCUGUCACGGAAUGCAAGAAUCUAUCGAGAAAACUCACGCGGCUAUGGCGAUGGAAGUUCAGCGACAAUUUGAAACAAAACAGCGAAUGUUCCUAGGCCAAUUGACUUCAGUUUCUACCGUGAUGCCAAUUUUACAACUGCAUCUCAUGCUGAGCGUCAAUUUUUCCGCAACCGCCAAUAAAUUCCAAUUUUUAGAGUUAGUAUAUGCCAUGUUCGAGAGACUAGCAAUAGUAGCGAGGUUGGGAAAUGUUCAGAGGCCAAAACAUACUAGUACAAUUCGGACGAAUUAUCGGAAUGAGUUUGCCCACUGCCUAGAGCCUUGGAUUGGCAAAAUGCUUAAAGAACCUUGUAAAGAUUAUGAAGGAAAGUCAAUGCCUGUUUCUGGAAACACAACUGCGUCGAUUAUUAAAACUAUGAAGUCUACAUUGCCAACUGGAGAUGGUCCGUUUACUAACCACUGCCAACAAUUUAACAACAUUCUUAAGGAAUUUAGCAAGCAAUUAUACGAAGUGAAAGAACAAGUUAACGCUCUACAUCGUGAUGUAUCUAUUAUAAGGAGGACACAUACUCCACCACUAGGUGUUAGGUAUGAUUGUAUUGCAAGAGAUUGUGCACUUCUUGACAAAAGCCUGGAAAAACAUCAAGGAGAUCUAGAGAAGUCAAAAGUUGUUUUUGAAGGAAUUUGGGAACAACAGUUAGUUCGCAUACAGACAGAGAAGGAAAUAUUUCAUGAUCAGAUUACUGAAAUUUUAUCUUUGCGAAAUGAAGUGAAACAAUUAUCAGGAGCGGCUCAAAAAUUGGAACCUUAUAUCAAGAGCUUUUUAGGAGAUAGUGGACCUACCCAAAUCAAUACAAUAGCAACUGAAGCCACUCAACAGCAUAUCAAAACCUUGUUAGAACAUCUAGAAUUGAUGAACAUUGAUAAUGCUAUGGCCCCAGACUGCAAAUUGCAUUCUGCAACUUCAAUGUCUUCUAUGGGACGGAGCCGUUUCAAUACUGGAGAUUCAAUAUCCGACUAUAAUCCAUAUGCAGAGAGCAAACGGAACGUUAUUAGCCAAAUAAUUCAUAAAGUCAAAGCCAAAGAUGAUAGAAGAAAAUCGCCAAAUAGGGCAGAGGAUAGAAUGUUCGAGCAGGACCAAAAAAUGAUAGGAGAUCCUUCUAAAGGAAAGUCAGGAGACGAAGCUUCAUCAAGAAAAUCAGUUUCCACGGCCGCCGAACGGUAUAGACUUGUCGACCAAGAGAAACUUGACGAGCUCUUGAGAAAAUCUGCAAUUGAUAAAGUGCAGGCUGCUUUGCGAGGAAAAAUCGACCUAACGGAACUCAGCAAAGAAUUGUUAUCUAAAAAAUCUAUAAGUGUAAGUGGAAGUAGAAGCAAUCUACUUUGUAAAAAACAAAGUCUUGGUGAUUCCACACCGGCACCUAAACAUAGAGAUCUGAAGAAAAUGCACAAAUCUUAUGAAAAGCUUAACGAAAAGAAAAUUGUAAAAGCAGAAGUUAUAGCUCAUCGAGAACCAGAUUGUUAUAUGGAUAAAGACCUCAGACAAACACCAAGAAGUGCAACGCCGACUAGUCGAAAACAGAAGGAGUCACAAUUGAAAAAAGAUCGUAGAGCACUUUCCGAUUCGUUAUUAAGAUCACUUAAUCUCGACACAAUGGCUCAAUCAAAUGCAACUUAUCAGCGAAUAUCGGAUGCUACAUCUUCAAGAAGAUCGCACAGUAUUAGCGUAGCUCCAAAAGGAAAAUCUAGGGAACAGAGUCCAGCAUCAGAAAAAAUGAAACGCAAAGUCUAUCCGUAUUCUGAUUCUGAAGAUGUUAAAUAUUAUACACGACAUGAUGAAUCUGUAGAAUCCUUAAGUACUGAAAGUGUAGCUUCAGGGCGUCCGUACACACCCGAAAAAACAUUCGUCGUCACUUAUGGAAGUAAAAAAUCUGGUAAAAAUGGUGCUGCCCAAAAACAACGCGCUUGGGAAACGUUUCCUCCUAAGAGACGACCAUGUAAAUCCAGGAAUGGAAAUGGUAAAAUUCGAACUCAUCAAUACAUCAAAACAAAAGAUUUAAGGUCGGGAUUGAAAUCAACACAAGUGUGCACCUCUGAAGAGGAUACCGAAAAGCAUGUUGUAUUUGGAGCUCAUUAUAAAGAAAACUUAAAUUCAAAAGACAAUUUUGACGCCGGCGUCAAUCUUAGAAAGACUGAUAGUUUCGAAGGGCACGAAGAAGCCGUCCGCAGUUUAAUAGCCGUAGUUCACGAGACAAGAGCUCAAAAUAUGAGUCGCAAGCAAAGGAAUAAUAAGUAA